AUGCGAGCUGAGACUCUUAUAUACAUUCUAAACAUAGCUCUAAAUGCUGCCAUCAUCCUUCUCGACAUUUUUCUCAUCUACAUCACGCUAAGUGGGAAGGAUUUGCGAAAAAAUCCAGUGCUUAUGCUUGUCCUCAUGGCCAUGCUUCUGGAUGUCGGCGCAUUUCUUAAUACUAUUGCCCAUGACGUGCCCAGUUAUAUCCUAGAAAGAGACUUGAGCAGUGAGUUUACCACCAGUUUACCAACAUAUUGAGU